AUGGCUACGGUGUUGGCUUUGCCACGGUUAAUAGCUCUCCAGAGAAAGGGUACAGAUGAUAAAUACUUGCGCUUAGUUCAUAAAGAUAAAAAGUUGCAGGGUUUCUUACAGAACUCUGGAGAUGAGAUUGUGAGUCCAUACACAAAGUUUGAAACAGAGAGAUCUAAGAGUGAUGAGAACUUGGUGCACAUAAGAUGCUGUUACAACAACAAGUACUUGGUGAGAUCCUCCGAGGAGGAUAAUUGGAUUGUUGUGGCAGCUCAUGAACCCGAGGAAGACAAAUCCAAAUGGUCUUGCACAUUGUUCCAACCUUGUGUCACCGAUGCUGAUGGGAGUUCCUUCAGCUUCUUGCAUGUCCAACAUGGAGGCUACUUGGACAUAGAUGCUGAUCUGAAUUGCUUGUGCAUUAGGCAAGUAGAUAUUGCGAGUGCGCAAAGCUUCAAAGUGCUAAACAUGGAGUCCUCGGUGAUACUGCCUCAACAUGUUACAUUCAAAGGUUAUAAUGACUUAUACCUUAGUGCACGGGUGAUCCAAAGCCAUCCAUAUCAUCAGUUUGCAUCCGACGACAUUUAUGAUUCAACCAUUAGGUACGAGGUCUUCAGACUAAGUAAUGGAAAUGUCCGCAUAAAGUCUAAUCAUUUUGGCAAGUUUUGGAGGCGCAGCCCUAAUUGGAUAUGGGCUGACAGUGAUGACACCACUGCUAACAAUAGUGACACAGUGUUUUGGCCAGUCAAGAUUAAAGACAACGUUAUUGCUCUAAAAAAUUUAGGCAACAACCGGUUUUGCAACGCCCUAACCACAGAGGGCAAGACCAACUGCCUUAAUGCCCUUGAGGCUGAGGUUAAUAUAUGGUCUCAUCUUCAACUGUAUGAGGUUGUAAGCAAAAGGGAAAUCUAUAACGUAACAUUCUACACAGAAAAUGCCAAGAUCUAUGAUGUAUCAGGUGGAACUACUGUGACUAAAGAGGUAGACAAUAAGACGCAAAACGAAGAACAAGGAACAGUGAGUUUCUCGUACAAAGAAACUAAGAGCAGUACUUGGAAUGCAUCUCAUGCUUGGUCCGUGGAUGUUUCCACUACCAUAAAAACAGGUAUUCCAAUUCUUGCAGAAGGAGCAAUAUCAAUUAGUUCCUCAUAUUCAGGAGAAUAUUCGUGGGGAGAAACUAUGGAACAAUCAACCGAAAUCAGUACAAAUUUGACCGUAAAACUUCCGCCCAUGACCAGAACAAAAGUUACUCUGAUAGUAACAAAAGGAGCCAUAGACGUCCCCUUCUCAUACACUCAACGUGACACUCUUUUCAGUGGAAAAAUUGUAACCUCACAAUUCGAGGAUGGCCUGUUUACUGGGGUCAACACUUAUUUCAAAUAUGACAUCGUGGAGCAGAGUCUUUCUUCGACUACAACAGAAUAG